CACACUUCUUCUCACACUUCUACAACUUUUCAAUCACACACUUUAUUCCCAAGUUUUCCUUUCGCCCUGAAAAUAAUGAUUUCAAAAGCAGAAUUUCUCCGCAACACCAAGGCAACUGAGCCCUAUCACAUUAUUGAACCAUUCGUACGAUUAUUUGGAAUUAAGGAUACAGAAGAAUUUUUAAGUGUUAUUUCCGCCGCCUUGACGGAGCUCCUUGAUGUAAAUUACGACAAUAAUGACCAGGAACUAUAUCAACAAUGCAAACGCUACGCUCGAUGGAAACAAGUUGUUGAGUCAAAGACAUUCCGCACGUCUUGUACCAAAUUUUUCGCUAAGAAGACUGCCGCCGCGACGUCUACCCCUGCUACCACUGCCAACACAUUUCGUCGCUCGGACCGAAUUAAGGAGAUCCAGUCACCAGCAGCGCCUGUGAAAUCCCUAACUGAGGAGGAAAUACGGAUUGAUGGAUUAUUUUUAAAAAAAGACACGGAAACGAUCGGACAAAGGAUCAAACAGAGAGCUCUGGACCUAGAAGCUACUGUAACAUCACCUGAGUUCAAAGAUGUACACGAGCGCCGGAUCUUUUCUCUUGGAGCCUCGUCAAUUCUGGAUCUAGUAGAUAUGUCAAACGAGAGUCAGCUUUUCGAUGUAUUUCCCAGUAAGAGUGAUCAGGAUGAGUUAAUGACGAUGUUUGCUCAUCUAAGCAUGAAGAGAUCCAUUAAUGCACCUGAACCAACUGAGUUGCUGACACAUUGGGAUAUCUGCAGUGCGAUUGCUUCUAAAGAUGGGCUUGCUGAAGCACGAUCCUACCUAUAUCGAGAGAUGGGAGCCUGUCUGCCGAGCUUUGCGGAGAAUCUCAAGCCUCUCCUGAUAAUGAUUGACGCCCUCCUAUGUUAUCCCAAGAUAUUUGCACAAGAGUAUGACGUAACGGAGCAGGACUUAAUGAAUGUUCUUUGGAGCCCGAUGCUGUCUUCCUUAUUUCUCCGGCAGCAGAGUGAAACUGGGAUUAGGAUAAAAGGAGGAGAUUCGACACAGGUAGCGUCAAACAUCGAGAAAAGAGAAUUCUACGAUGACGGACACGCUAUUGCCUUCAAAAUAGAUUCUCGGAUCAUAAUAGAUGUUUCCCGAAAGGGUGAAAUCGACAUUGCAGCCGUCGAGGUUGCUCCCAAUUGCCAAGAGACCAAAAUUUUUUCAGAUGGGGCCAAAGUCCUCCGAGAGGCGAAGGAGAUAGUAAAUGGCUUGACCAAAAUUUUUCCGGAUGACGAAAACUUUCUCAAGAAUACGAUUGGUUACGGCGUUCAGAUAGGGAAUCUGUCUGGGUCGAUAUUUUCUCUGCAUCUAGUUGCUCCGAAGCUAUAUGUAGCAUGGCCAGAACAUACAUUCUGCCUUCCUGAUUCACGAGGAUCCUUGGAUCGAUUCAAGGAAGUCAUUAUAGCACUAUCUUGGUUUCAACAGGCCGUCCAAGGCACCGCCAUGAAUAUCAAAUCAGCUCUUUCAGUGCAGAAAACAGUCGGAGCACUCUAUGGCCACGGCUACAGCCAUAAACCACUGGGUCAAAAGCAGUGGACUAACCCAACCUGGUUUGAACCAUCAAAACCAUCUAAGGCUCGGCCAAUCCAGGAAUUAAUGAGGGUGGUGCACCCCAUUCAGACUGCAAUUAGUCCUCAAUCAAGCGAAGACCUAAAUAAGCAAACCCAUGCGAAUGCUACAUAUGACAGUAAUGGAUGGGCCAUUGUAGUGGCCAAAGAUGGCCGACCAAUGUACUUUAACAAGCAUACACUGCAGUAUCUUGAGGAACGUGGUGGCAAAAAAGCCAAAAUGGACGUAGCUUAAUAUAUCAGGUAAUCUAUACUCUUGCUUUUCAUACAUGCAUCUGACGUUAUUCUACUUGAAUUCAGUCUUGUUUUUUUUUU